AUCCCACUUUCCUCCAAUCACACUUGGAAGCACCUUCUUCCUCUAAUAUUAUAAAUAAACAACCACAUCAAUCUCAAUUCCUCUUAACUUCUUCAGCACCUCCCUUCCCAAUCCAAUCCAUCAUCAACAUGGCCGGCGCGUGGGAGGUGAAGGACGGCGGCUACCGCCUCGUCGACAACCCGCCCAAGCCCAAGGGUCAGCGGCGGCAGGUGCUGGUGGACGAGCCGACCGGCGAGGAGGUGACGUCGUACACGGUUCUGGAGGAGAAGCUGGCGGCGCUCGGGUGGGAAAAGUACGGUGCCGACCACCCGCAAAUCCUCAGGUUCCGACAAGAAUCGACCGCCCUACUCAUCUAUCUGCCCAAGGACUUCGCCAAGUUCAAGCUCGAGCACAUGGACGACGUCGUCGCCAAGAACCGCGGCGCGUUCUUUGUACGCGACGGCUAGUUGGUUCGCCGCCCGGGAAAACGGAAUGGAUCGAGUUAUAUAUGCUGUGUGGCCAAAUAAUAAUGUGUGUACUGUUGAUGUAUCAUGAUCAAGUUAUGUUGUCAUGUAAAGCAAUAAUAGAUUGAUAAGAAAUGCGACGAUAAAAUCCAAUCUAUAUAACCUUCAAACAAACUGAAUGUGGGUGAUUUUCUAUGACCAGUAGUCUUACGUGCUAAAUCAAAGUCAAACUCAGAAUUAUGGUUUGCAGCUAGGGAUGGCAAUGGGGCGGGUUUGGAGCGGAUUUGCCUAAAUCAUCCUCAUAUCCUCCCCAUACCCAUGCGGGGAAGGUUUUGCAAACCCAUCCCCAUAUCCAUGGAUUUCGGGUACCCAUGGGUAAUACUCGCCCCGUACAUUCAGCAUUAUAAUACCGAAUAUUUUACAUGUAGAUUUUCAAUUAUAACAUUAAACACACCUACUAUAUCAUGAAGUCGACAAAGAGACAAUCAUUUUUAAUACGAUUCAAACCAUCUUAUCCUAAAGUAUCCAUUAAUCCAUAUCAUAGUAGAGUACAAUGUCAUCCAAAUCAUUAUUCUCUACUCUGAUACAUCUAUUAAGUAAUAAUUAACUAACAUAAUCUUCUUAACAAGGGGAAAAAGUGAAAGAGUGAAAGGAAAAUUGAGAAAGAAAUUAGAUUUUGAUUUGGGUGGCCAGUUAAUUGCAUUUCUACUAUAUAUUUUUCUUGAGUUAUACUCACUAUUAUUGAUAGGUUACAAAUUAAUUCACAUAUUUUUCAUAUAUGAAGAAAUAUUUCUGGCGGGGCGGGUAUGGGUAUGGGGCGGGGGAGACUAAAACCAUACAUGCCUCAUACCCAUCAAACUUUUUGCGGUUUUACCCAUACCCGCCCCAUACCCGGUCAAUAGAGGUGGCAAUUUCAAUCCAAUCCACCAAUCCAAUCCAUCAAUCCAUUAAAAAUAUCCACCUAAUCCAAUCCAUUUAAAUCCAAUCCAUUUAAUCCAAAUCCAAUUGGAUUGGUGGAUUCAUGGAUUGGAUCCAUGGAUCAUUGGCAAAUUACGGUUUAGUACCUAUAAUUUUUAUUUUUUACAUUUUGGUACCUAAAAUUUAAUUUUUUCUACGAAAAAUAUCAUUGGAAAAUUACGUUUUGGUACCUAAAAUUUUUCAUUAUGACAUUUUAGUACCUAAACUUUUUACAUUUUACAUAUUGGUCCUUGGUUGAAGAUGUCAUUUGGAUUCAUGGAUAAUCCACCAAUCCACUUGAUCCAAUCCAUGAAUCCACCAAUCCAUUAGAUCCAAUCCAUUUGAUCCAUGGAUCCACCAAUCCAAUCCAUCAACCCACCAAUCCAAUCCAUUUGCCACCUCUACCGGUCAAUGCGGGGAUUCCCCGUGUUGAUUGUGUCCGGGGCGGUCGGAUACCCGUGGGCAUGGGUUUGAUUGCCAUCCCUAUUUCUAGCCAGGCCUAAGUUCACGUCACCGCAACGAUGGAGGCAAUUCCCCCCCUCCCCCCAUCCAAAAUCCCCCCCACCCCCACCCAUUUUCCUUCCACUCCAAAUUUUCCUUCCUCCUAUUAUCUUUCCUACCUUAAGAAAUAGAGAUGGCAACAUCGAAAAAGCCAGAAGUCGUUGAAGGUUGAGACAACAAUCCAACAUCGAACUACAAAAAAAAUUUACAUGAGAGAAGAUUGUAAACUCAAACUUGCAAAUGAGAGAACUCUUGAGCGAUUUGCUAAGUAGUUCGAGCUUCUGAAUUUAAAUUUGAAGCACCUCGGAACAAUAGUUGUGCUGCUCGGUAGGGGAAUGACAUACAGUAGUGCCUACUAUAUCUCUUCAUAAAAGCCAAGACAGAGUGAUCUACUUUCAGUUCAUGUUGUUGUCUUGAGGUAGACAGUAUAAAAAAACCAGUCUACUAUAGAGUUGAGAGAUGGCUGGGAGAAGGAUUGUGGGUGCUGAUCAUUUCAACACUUGUUGUCUUUGUGGUUGGAUUAAGUCAUGAUUUGAGUAACACGAUUUGUGCAGUUCUCACUCUUGAUGCUCGUCUCUGUGUUUUUUUUCAUUCCUUUGUAUUAUUCUUUUCUAAAUCAAUAAAUGAUGUCACACUCAUAAAAAAAAGAGCGACUAAUGCCAACAAGCAGUAUAUAAAAGGUUCACCUUGGGCAGUAGUAAGAUUUGCUGAGUAGUUCGAGCUUCUGACUUUAAAUUUGAAGCACCACGGAACAAUAGUUGUGUUGCUCGGUAGGGGAAUGACAUACAGUAAGUGCCUACUAUAUCUCUUCAUAAAAGCCGAAACGGAGUGAUCUAAUUUCAAUUCAUGCUGUUGUCUUGAGGUAGACAAUAUAAAAAAAACCGUCUAUUAUAGAGUUGAGAGAUGGCUGGGAGAAGGAUUGUGGGCGCUGAUCAUUUCUACACUUGUUGUCUAUGUGGUUGGAUUAAGCCAUGAUUUGUGUGCUAAUGCCAACCUUCAGUAUAUAAAAGGUUCCCAUUGGACAGUAGUAAGAAUUACGAGAUGUAGCCACCAGCUGCAAGUGAAUUUAGAGGCCUCGACUUAUCGUUUUCAAUAUAAGUGGAAACAUAUCUUUUUCAAUUCCAACAACUUUUGGAGCCCCACCCAACAACUUCUUGGUGAGCAUCCAAUCGUUAUAUUGGAUCAGUAUGUCAUGCGUUUUGACCAACUUGUGACAAAAAAAUACAAUUAAAAAUCAUCCCAAACCCAAUUUCUUAAUUAGAAGGAGAUUGGAUUUAUUAAUGGUCAAGAAAUUCUAUCUUCUUAUCCGCGCUAUUAGCUUUUUUCACUCUCGAUAGAGUUUUUCAAAUCAUCCAUCAAAUCUGACACAAUAUCUUUUAACUACUCACGCAAAUCCUUCAUUUUGCUGAAAACUGUAUCCAUCUUUUCAUACACCCUCAAUAACUCUAAAACAAUAAUCUUCUUUGAUUCAUUUUCAACACAAUCAUUCAUCAGUCUAACCUCGUGAUCCCUCCAACGAGACACCAAAUAUUCAAUCCUCAUUUUUUGUUCUUGAAAUCAUUUCAAUCUCUCGAUAAAUUUUUUCAAAUCAU